GUGAAAAGCCCUGCAUCGCUUCUUCAACAGUUGAGAGAUUUUAAACCUCGAUUUAUAUAAGAAAACAUAGUUUGGGAAACAUAGCGUGGUGUUAACAAGGAAGAAGAACGUCUCUGUGAUUGUUCAGCCUACAUUUGGGGUUGCACUGUACCAGCACCGUCCCUCUUGUCGAUUGGAGGAUGUCCAACUAGGAUGCAGACCUGCAGUGUGGACUAGCCAUGUUGGAGCAACUCUUACCAAAGCUAAACCAUGUCUUACAAGGAAGACUAAGAAGAACAGUAGAUCACUGUAGCCGGACAACAGGGACACCUGCAGUAUGAAGGACAAAAGAAAGAUGGAUGCCAACAAAGUAUGGCAGUGGCGCAUAAUGCGUGCAAAGAAAUAUUCAAGACGCCCACAACCAUUCUAUCACAGCAAUAGAAUAGGAUUGGAUUUUAAUGUAGCAUCCAGCACAAAGAAAAAACUGGACUUACAGUUAGUGACAAAUGGUGUCAUACUUGAGGUCUGUGAUUUUGCGAAAACAGUAAACAAGAGUAAAAGUUAUUUUAUCACAAAUAUUCUGGAGAACAACUUUGAUCUUGGAUUGGAAAAUGAGCAACAGCGGAUUGAUUUUACUGCUCGAAUUCUUCACAAAGUCAAAGACCUGAUCAGGAAACCUCCUAGAGAUAAAAAUGAAGUUUUUACUCUCUUUGACACAUCAUCUAAGCCAGAAUUUAACAGCAACGAUGGACUGAACAUGGCAUCGACAGAGCUGACUGAAAGCUUCCUGGUGGAGAUGGAUGACACUGAUGAUAGUGAACUUGAAGAUGAAUUCAAGUGUUCACAAGCAACGUCCAAAGAAUACAUAAAGACAGAAAGACUCUCAGAAGAGAUAGGUGGAGCGCAUGGUGAUGACAGUGAACAUGGGGAUGAAUUAAAGUGUUCAGAAACACAGUCAGCAAGAGAACUGAAAGAGGAUGUUCUUCCCCCGUCGUUUCCUUAUUGUGAAGAAAUUGGUCUGUACCUUGACGUUGGGUCAAAACAAAGUCUAGAUCCAGGUUUGUUGACGAAGGGUGUUAUGUUAGAAUUGGUACACUUAUCCAGAAUACUGACUGCAUCCUAUAGUCCUAUUGUUCUGGGUGUGUUGGAGCACAAUUUUGAACUUGAUCUCAAAAGUCAACAGGGAAAAAGUCGAGUGUGGUUCAAGAUAUCACAGCUGCUGAAAAGACGAAAGCAACGUAUCACUACUGGUAGCAAAAUCAGCCCGGAGUUUAAAAAUGAGCAGUUUUCCUUCCACACAAACCCCUUUAAAAGAACCAGAGGCUCAGCACUGUCCAAUAUGGAAGCCCCGCAGUAUCAGUUUAAGGAAGUGACAAAACGAAGGCAGUCUGAUUUAAAAUGUAAACAGAAAAAGAGGUUUCUGUUAACAACAAGUGAAAGGGCAAACAAAAGGUGCAGAAGAAGACAGUCUAAAGACAUGGAAACGAACGCACUCUCUCAUCACACUGAUUUGUCUACCAGUCGUACAGCAGAGGGAGAUCAUUGUCACACUUGUCCUCAAGGAGAGUAUGAUCUAGACUCCAACACUGGCAAUGAAGGUGACAUGGAACAAGAGGAAAUGGAAACAGAAAACAACCACAUUCGUCUUUUAGGAGAGUCUGAUCUAGACUCAGACAAAGUCACAGACUCAGGAAACUCUAGCAAUCGAGAACAUCUCGUCUCAUCCAGUUUACCAACUGUAAACUCAAAUGUGAAUCCACCAUAUGCAAGUCAGCCUGAUAAAAGAGGGCUAGGUGGAGGUGAAGAGCAAACACAGUCUUCAAAACAUUCACCAAACAAAUAUGACAUGGACCAAGAGGAAAUGGGAAAAAACAACAACAUGUGGAAGUUGCGUGCUAACCGUGUGAACCAAAUCCUCUCUCCAUUAGAGUUUGGUCCAUUCAACUGGUCCAAGAAAAUCGGCCUUGAUUUCAAUGUUGGAUUUGGCCCAAAGCAAAACAUCAGUAUUGACUCCUUGUUGGAUUCUGCUCUGCUCGAAGUUGCUAAAUUUGCCUUAGCAAUGAAUUCAUCCCAACAGAAUUUCAUCAUGGAGAUUCUUGAGUACAACUUUGACAUCGACCUUCAGAGUGAAUACCAGAGGAAUGUUGUGCCAUGUGAAGUUAUGAAUAGAGUAAGACAACUGAAAGAGUGUGAAGAUGCAGUGAAAUUCUCAAAAGAGGUCUUUGAACUUCCUGGUUUCAUGCCAUCAAUAAAUAUUACAAAUCCGAGCAUGGGCAAUGUCAAGGAGGAGUGUGAUGAUGUUCCUGUGUGUCCUCCUCAUUCACAUGCUGAAACUAAAGAACAUAUUUCACAGAAGAGUGUGGAUCUCUAUCCCUUCUGCAAGAAAAUUGGUCUGAAGCUACACGUAAACAGUAGUCGACCAAAUAAGAAACUGGACAUCAACAAGCUGACCAAUGGAGCAAUGACUGAAGUGACAAACUUUGCAGAAAAGUUGUGUGGAACAUUUGAGCAGAUUUGUCUUGACAUCCUCGGACACAACUUUGAUCUUGAUUUGCAAAGUGGAGAUUCUGACCUUGCCAGAAAUAUUCUUGCACGAAUUCCUGCUAUAGUGGACCAAAGGAAUCUAUCAAAUUGUGUAGGCACUGAAGGGAAAUUAAAAGGCCCAAGAAUGGUGAAACUGGAUUGCCAGAACAACCGAAAUGUAGGUGCAUGUAGUGCUCAUUCUCCCCAGGCUGGACUCGUACACCAAGAUGUAAGCAGUUCCACUGACAUUGAAUACCAAAAUGAGGACAAUUUAAAGCUGUGGCAAUUGCGGGCCAAUCAUAUUCAGCAAAUCCUCUCAAUACCUCAUGAAGAACAUUGUCCAUUCUAUUCUUACUCCAGAUGCAAGAAAUUAGGCAUUGAUUUCAAUGUAGGAUUUGGAGCAAAACAAAAUCUUGAUCCUAAAUUACUGACCAAUGGCAUCAUGGCUGAAUUGAACACUUUUGCCACAACCAUGCUAUCAGCCCAAAAGUAUUUCAUCACAGACAUACUGGAGUGUAAUUUUGAUCUUGAUUUAAAAAAUGAGCUAUAUCGCAGUACCUUUGCACAGCAAACUCUUCAUAGAGUUCGAACGUUGAAUACGCGUAAAAAAUACAGCAAACCUCGAAUAAAUAACAUUUUUGAACUCCCUGACAUGAGGAGCAUACAAAAAAGUACUAUAUAUUGCCCCAAAUGCUAUCAAGACAGAAAUCAUAAACUUCGUCAGGAUGAAUCUGACCCUGGUCACAUGCAUCAUCCAUAUCCACACACCAUGACUGACGCAGUCUCCGCAGAUGCAAACUGCACAGCACAAAAGUCAGCAAAGGAUCCGUCCUCUACCUUCUCUGCAAUAGAGGAGACAUUAAUGGACAGCUACCCUUGCUGCAAGAAAAUAGGCUUGAAGCUGUGUGUGGACAAAGACCAACGAAAAGAUAAGCUUGACAUGCAUUUAUUGACACGUGGGGUAAUGAAUGAAGUGAUUCGUUUUACCAAAAAAUUGUGUGGAACAAAAAUUAAGAUUGUUAAUGAUGUCCUUGAACACAACUUCAACAUUGGCAUGCAGGGGCGAGAAAUAUCUCCUGCAGCGCUGUUCCAAAGAGUGACGGGGCAAAACAAUGGACCCGCCUGGUUCAGUGAAGUAUUUGUUGUACAUCAGUAUACUCGCAGAGCACCUGGAUAUGUAAGUAAAGAGAAACGGGCAGCUGCCAUGCAUCAAAGUGAACGGCAGGAAGCUGUCAAAAAAAGACAGCUGUCACUGCGAGCAAAGGAGGAAAGAGCCACACUGUCAAGUCAUAAUAUCAGUGUCGGGAAGUCAAAGACCAAUCCUCAAAGUAAAGGAAACUGCUUUCCCAUUUUCAAGGGGAUAGGUUUGGAUCGAGACAUGACAUCAAAAUCUGGAAAGAAAGAACAACUGGACUUGAAGCUAUUGACCAGACCUGUGUGUGACAUGGAACAAGAGGAAAUAAGAGCAGAGAACUACAACACUUGUCCUCUAGGAGAGUCUGAUCUAGACUCAGACGAAGUCACAGACUCAGAAGACGCUGGCAAUCAAGAUCACUUACAAAACCCAAAACGUUGUUCUCUGAGCUCUGACAUACCUAGAGAAUCAGAAUCAAGUUAUCUGGGUGUUUGUGCGCCUUUCCUCCCCACCACUGAUGUCUCAUCCAGUUUACCAACUGUAAAUCCAAAUGUGAAUCCACCAUUUGCAAGACAACCUGAUGAAAGAGGGCUUUGCGGAAUUGAAGAGCAAACACAGUCUUCAAGACAUUCACCAAACAAAUAUGACAUGGACCAAGAGGAAAUGGGAACAAACAACAACAUGUGGAAGUUGCGUGCUAACCGUGUGAACCAAAUCCUUUCUGCAUUAGAGUUCCGUCCAUUCUACUGGUCCAAGAAAAAUGGCCUUGAUUUCAAUGUUGGAUUUGGCCCAAAGCAAAACAUCAGUAUUGACUCCUUGUUGGAUUCUGCUCUGCUCGAAGUUGCUAAAUUUGCCUUAGCAAUGAAUUCAUCCCAACAGAAUUUCAUUAUGGAGAUUCUUGAGUACAACUUUGACAUCGACCUUCAGAGUGAAUACCAGAGGAAUGUUGUGCCAUGUGAAGUUAUGAAUAGAGUAAGACAACUGAAAGAGUGUGAAGAUGCAGUGAAAUUCUCAAAAGAGGUCUUUGAACUUCCUGGUUUCAUGCCAUCAAUAAAUAUUACAAAUCCGAGCAUGGGCAAUGUCAAGGAGGAGUGUGAUGAUGUUCCUGUGUGUCCUCCUCAUUCACAUGCUGAAACUAAAGAACAUAUUUCACAGAAGAGUGUGGAUCUCUAUCCCUUCUGCAAGGAAAUUGAUCUGAAGCUACACGUAAACAGUAGUCGACCAAAUAAGAAACUGGACAUCAACAAGCUGACCAAUGGAGCAAUGACUGAAGUGACAAACUUUGCAGAAAAGUUGUGUGGAACAUUUGAGCAGAUUUGUCUUGACAUCCUCGGACACAACUUUGAUCUUGAUUUGCAAAGGGGAGAUUCUGACCUUGCCAGAAAUAUUCUUGCACGAAUUCCUGCUAUAGUGGACCAAAGGAAUCUAUCAAAUUGUGCAGGCACUGAAGGGAAAGUAAAAAGCCCAAGAAUGGUGAAACUGUAUUGCCAGAACAACCUAAAUGUAGGUGCAUGUAAUGCUCGUUCUUCCCAGGCUGGAAUCAUACACCAAGAUGUAAGCAGUUCCACUGACAUUGAAUACCAAAAUGAGGACAAUUUAAAGCUGUGGCAAUUGCGGGCCAAUCAUAUUCAGCAAAUCCUCUCAAUACCUCAUGAAGAACAUUGUCCAUUCUAUUCUUACUCCAAAUGCAAGAAAUUAGGCAUUGAUUUCAAUGUAGGAUUUGGAGCAAAACAAAAUCUUGAUCCCAAAUUACUGACCAAUGGCAUCAUGGUUGAAUUGAACACUUUUGCCACAGCCAUGCUAUCAGCUCAAAAGUAUUUCAUCACAGACAUACUGGAGUGUAAUUUUGAUCUUGAUUUAAAAAAUGAGCUAUAUCGCAGUGCCUUUGCACAGCAAACUAUUAAUAAAGUUCAAGCGUUGAAUGCGCAUAAAAAAUACAGCAAACCUCUAAUGAAUAAACCUUUUGAACUCCCUGACAUGAGGAGCAUACUAAAAAGUACUACAUAUUGCCCCAAAUGCUAUCAAGACAGAAAUCAUAAGCUUCGUCAGGAUGAAUCUGACCCUGAUCACAUGCAUCAUCCAUGUCCACUUACCAUGACUGACGCAGUCUCUGCGGAUGCAAACUGCACAGCACAAAAGUCAGCAAAGGAUCCGUCCUCUACCUUCUUGGCAAUAGAGGAGACAUUAAUGGACAGCUACCCUCGCUGCAAGAAAAUAGGCUUGAAGCUGUGUGUGGUCGGAGACCAACGAAAAGAUAAGCUUGACAUGCAUUUAUUGACACGUGGGGUUAUGAAUGAAGUGAUUAGUUUUACCAAAAAGUUGUGUGGAACAAAAAUUAAGAUUGUUAAUGAUGUCCUUGAACACAACUUCAACAUUGGCAUGCAGGGGCGAGAAAUAUCUCCUGCAGCACUGUUCCAAAGAGUGACGAAACAAAACAAUGGACCCGCCUGGUUCAGUGAAGUACUUGUUAUACAACAGUAUACUCGCAGAGCACCUGGAUAUGUAAGUAAAGAGAAACGGGCAGCUGCCAUGCAUCAAAGUGAACGGCAGGAAGCUGUCAAAAAAAGACAGCUGUCACUGCGAGCAAAGGAGGAAAGAGCCACGCUGUCAAGUCAUAAUAUCAGUGUCGGGAAGUCAAUGACCAAUCCUCAAAGUAAAGGAAACUGCAUUCCCAUUAUCAAGGGGAUAUGUUUGGAUCAAGACAUGACAUCAAAAUCUGGAAAGAAAGAACAACUGGACCUGAAGCUAUUCACCAGACCUAUGUGUGACAUGGAACAAGAGGAAAUAAGAGCAGAGAACUACUACACUUGUCCUCUAGGAGAGUCUGAUCUAGACUCAGACGAAGUCACAGACUCCGAAGACGCUGGCAAUCAAGAUCACUUACAAAACCCAAAAUGUUUUCCUCUGAGCUCUGAUAUCGCUAGAGAAUCAGAAUCAAGUUAUCUGGGUGUUUGUGAGCCUUUCCUCCCCUCCACUGAUGUCUCAUCCAGUUUACCAACUGUAAACUCAAAUGUGAAUCUACCAUUUGCAAGUCAACCUGAUGAAAGAGGGCUUUGUGGAAGUGAAAAGCAAACACAGACUCCAGGAAAUGCAUCAAAUGAAUGUGACAUGGACCAAGAGGAAAUGGGAACAGAGAACAACAUGUGGAAGUUGCGUGCUAACCGUGUGAACCAAAUCCUCUCUGCAUUAGAGUUUGGUCCAUUCAACUGGUCCAAGAAAAUCGGCCUUGAUUUCAAUGUUGGAUUUGGCCCAAAGCAAAACAUCAGUAUUGACUCCUUGUUGGAUUCUGCUCUGCUCGAAGUUGCUAAAUUUGCCCUAGCAAUGAAUUCAUCCCAACAGAAUUUCAUCAUGGAGAUUCUUGAGUACAACUUUGACUUCUACCUUCAGAGUGAAUACCAGAGGAAUGUCGUGCCAUGUGAAGUUAUGAAUAGAGUAAGACAACUGAAAGAGUGUGAAGAUGCAGUGAAAUUCUCAAAAGAGGUCUUUGAACUUCCUGGUUUCAUGCCAUCAAUAAAUAUUACAAAUCCGAGCAUGGGCAAUGUCAAGGAGGAGUGUGAUGAUGUUCCUGUGUGUCCUCCUCGUUCACAUGCUGACACUAAAGAACAUAUGUCACAGAGUGUGGAUCUUUAUCCUUUCUGCAAGGAGAUUGGGCUGAAGCUACACGUAAACACUAGUCGACCAUACAAGAAACUGGACAUCAGCAAACUGACCAAUGGAGCAAUGACUGAAACAGAAAUCAUAAGCUUCGUCAGGAUGAAUCUGACCCAGGUCACAUGCACCAUCCCCGUCCACAUACCAUGA